CAGCAAAAAUAUAAUCCUUUAGUCUGGUUCCAACAGAGACCAGGACAGACACCAAAGCCUUAUAUAUUAAAGCAAACUGAAAGAUAUCCUGGGGUCCCCAGAGAGGUUCAGUGGAUCGGGAUCGGGAACAAAUUAUCAACUUACAGUUAA